AUGACUAGGCAAACGAGGAGCAGUCCUAACGUAACGCCUUCUGGCUUACGAUUUGGUCGCUGGCACAUACGGAAUGGGUUAAUAGCAAUUGCGGCUGGAUAUAAUAAAAAAACUCCCAUACGGCGGCUUGUUAAGCAAUUGCGGCUGGAUAUAAUAAAAAAACUCCUAUACAACGGCUUAUUAAGGUUUCGCGGUAUUUUAAUUAAUAGCCCGCGCUAA